AUGUCUUGGGUGUUCGCACCUUCGUCACUGGGAUACAAUAAAACAGCACCGGAUCCCUUUUCAUCCUUUAUCCGACCAGAAAACGCAGGCAACAAUAAGGAUUUUUCUGGAAGCACAACGAGCACAGAAAAAGGGGGAGAAAUCCAAACCCUACGGUUGGAGCUAAAUAGUGUUGAUAGCAUAAAAACCGACACAAAUCCAAUUUUGUGUCCAGCGACCCAAUCGUCCAUCGAAAAAAGCAACAACAGCAAACAUGGCGGCCACAAUACGAUCCGGAGUCCACUCGGGGACCAGAAAAGCGUGGAAAGCGGUGCCACUUUUGCCAGAUGUGCCUGCCACGCGGAGUGUCAUUUUUCGCUCGAAACCGUGCACCAACCCACCAGCGCUGCCAGUUCAUCAUCUUCCACUUGGGAGGGUCUACACCACGCGUCCUCGCUGGGCAACAUUGACACAUCGUCUCAGGCGAAGGUAAACUUAGCGGCGCGCAGUUACGACUCCGAAGAUGAAAAUAUGGGCCGGAAGAAGGGACGGCCGUUCGAAACGGGGCCUUGCUCGAGGGCCCCCGUCUACUCGAAGGGAGACAUUCGGGAGCAGUACUGCCUGACGGAUCGACAGCUCAGCUCGAUAGAGCAGCCACGUCGGGAGCGAUUCUUCGGCUGCUGGUCCGGACGCAAUGCACCGCAAUCGUUCCUGGGCGUCUGCGUGGGCCGCCGCGCGCCCUCCGAUGAAAACCUCGCCGAUUACGCACCGAUGCAGCGCUAUCCUAGGUACAUCAACUCCUCCGGUCCGAUAACGAAAUCCAUCCUGCAGCAGUACGAUGACGACGUGGAGAGCUCGUACUUUCGCCGAAAACCGACCUCUUUUUUAUCGAACAGCAGUGGCGCAUCGGGCGGCGGCAGCGGAGGCGGAGGCGGUGGUCCCGGGCACGGUGGGGCGGGAUUAAUUAUAGGAAGCAGCGCAACACUGCCGGCCGGUGAUGGCAAGCGGUACGGUGGCUCCUGGCUGCCGGCCGAAGACGAAGCGGUCCGGUUAGAGGGUCCAAGCCUUUAUCGAUGUCCUGCACACAACGAUCUGCUACCGCCACCGCCCCCACCACCAAACGUUGGCCUUAUCGAUGGCAUUCCGGGCGGACCACCAAGGACGAAACAUGUCAGCUUCGCCCGCUCCUACACUCUCACCUCGUUCGACGAAGCGAUGGGCAGCCGGCCAUUGUCGCGCCUGGCGGCGGCCCGCAGCCAAGAAAGACUGAUCGGUGGCAAGAAGCCCACCAUAACGUUGGCCCAGCACACGACCACCCAGUACACCCCGGGCGCACCGCUCCAUUCCAUCCUCACGCAACCCACCGCCCAGCAGCAGCAGCAGCAGCCUCUGAUGCCGCAAGCCCUCCAAAAGCAACCACUGUCCAUACAACAGAGCCCGUCGGGGCAGCUGCAGGUCCAGCCCCAACAGACGCAGCAUGUGCUGAUCCAGCAGCAGCCAACGACCGCGCACCUACACCAGCAUCUUCACCAGCAGCAUUUGCAACACCUCCAGCACCAACAGGCGGCCCUCCUCGCCCAUCAAGCCCACGUCCAGCAUCAGCAGCAACAGCAUCAAGCGGCUCAACUGGCCGCCCACCAGCAGCAACACCAACAACAGCAUCAGCAACAUCAGCAGCACCAGCAGCACCAGCAUCAACAUCAGCAGCAGCAGCAGCAGCAACAUCAACACCAGCAGCAGGAGAUGGUAGUGCUCGAGAAGGUGAAACGAAGUGCCAUGAAGACGCAGGCGACUCAAACGGAAGUAUACUUGAGCAAGAAACCAUUGGCACAGCACAACCUUUCGCUAAGUCCACGAACGAUUCAUCGGGUGAAAAUGGUUUCCCAAGGCGCCCAGACGAACGGUGGACUGAGCGGGGGCGCAGGUGGAGCGAUUGCUGGAGGCCGGAAGCUCACCAAGAGCCUCUCGGAGGCUGGCGACCGGAUACAGGAGAACGGCAUCGACCCGGGCGGACUGGCGCCACCGGAAUCGGGCACCAGUCCCUGUGCAGGCUUCGACCACGAGCUGCUGCAUCGCACGCAGUCGGAAGAGCCGCCCAAAUCACCCUUCACCAUCACCUCACCGCCCUCAUCGCAUGUCACGCAGCAUUUCGAGCUGCCGCCGUCGCGCGCCUCCUCGCAGCUCAGCCACUCGGACGCGACCGGGCACUCGCGCAACCACUCGCAGGACAGCGCCACGUCCUACCGCUCGACGGACGGCUCGCGGACGUCCUACGAAACCGCCUCCUACCCGUACGACGCGUACGACAGCAUCGUGCUGCCCCGGCGCGCCAGCUCUCACACGGCGGCCGAGCCGACCUUCCAGUUCCUGCGCAAGCAGGACUUCGAGCAGGUCCACCAUCAUCACCACCAGCAGCACCAGCAGCCAAUUCCGAGCCACCAGCAGUACGUGCACGGCUACGAAAACGGUUACGUGCCGUUCGAGACGCACAGCUUGCCGCGGCGCACCUGCAUCCACCAUAAGCCGGAGGAGUUUCACACGCACACGCUGCCCCGGCGCGACCAUCACGCACACCACCAUCACGACAUCCCGGUGUACCAGUCGGACCCGGCCCAUCAGCCCCAUCCACCGCUGCCCGCCCCGGAGCAUCUGAUCCUUUCGAACGGGAGCGUUAAUCAAGAUAUUCGAUCUUUCGACAGCUCCACCACCGCCGCGUCGCAGCACCUCGCCCGCCGGAUGUCGGCCCACGCGAUCGUCCUGCAGCCGGAAAAGCAGCUGUCCGGUGGCCAACCGCUGCUCCAAGGGCUUCAGCAGUCGCAGCGGCGUGCCUCGUACGCGUUCGUCACCCCGGACUCGCACUCGCUCGGUUCGAAGCGCCACUCCGUUCCUCAUCAGCAGAUUCAGAAGGUUCAGCCGAUCAUGCAAACGCCACCGCAACCCGCCAACCAGCCGCCUCAGCAAGUGCAGCCGGUUCCCGUGAAGGCUCAAUCGUUCCAACCCCUGGUGAAGCCACAACCACCGACCUACCCCCAGCACUACACCGCCCAGCCGACCCCCUCGUGCCCGGUGACGCCACCAAACAUCCAACCGCUCGACAUGCAGGACGACACGAAGUCCUCCUCGGAGGGCAGCUGCUCGACGUGCGACUCCGACAGCGAGCCGGAGCUGCUCGACGCGACGGUCCACGGCGAGGAGCGUGAGAUUUUCAUCGACUUCAAGCCGCGCGUCUCGCCCGUACCGUCGCCCGGUGCCGUCAAGAAGAAGAAGCUCGCGAAGACGCAGUCCGAGGGGGAGCUGAUGCACGCGUCCGACUCCGGUAAGGGCCGCAAAGGAAGCGCCGAGGCGGAGGAAAGCUCGACCGGGCAGACGGCGAGUGACGACGAAGGAGUGCGUGGCAGCUCGAAGCCUAAGGUUCCCUUCGAGAUCCAGGCCAUCCCACCCCCUCCCCGGGACUAUCACGAUGCGAGCGAAAGUUCCGUUCCGGAUGACGACGAGAUCGACGAGGGCUCGAAGGAGGUGCGCGAUCGACGCAAGGAGUCCUUCCGCAAGCGCUCGGUAAGUCUCGAUCAGCCGACGAGCGGUGAGCAGGAGGAGGAGGAGGAGGCGAUCCAGCAGCAACAGCAGCGCGAGGCGGCGAAGGCACACGGACGCAACCGUCGCGCUUCCUCGCGCUCCAACGUCCUGCCGAAGGGCUCAGAGCGGCCGACCGCAGGACGCCAUCUGUCCGCGCCACCCUCGCCACAGAAAGAACUCGACCGUGGCGGCCCGAAGCUUCCCUCCUCCCCGUUCCAGUCGUCCGACUCGCUGGCCAACGAUGCCACCCGGGACACGUCCGAUGGAAACUGGAACGAAUCGCAGGCGACGAUAAUGACCACCAGUUUGACGGACAAUGGAAAGCUGACGCCAUCGUCCAGGAGGAAAAAUCUGCUCCUGCAGCACCAGCAGCGCAGCUCGAUGGACACGGACGUGCUCGACAUGGAGGACAUUGCUGACCAGCCCCUUCCACCACUGCCCGUGACGGUAGCACCGUCGUCCGCACUGCAGUCGUCCACACCGACCAUGUCGCUCGCGCCGACCGCAGCCUCCACCACGUCCGCCAGCAGCCCGGGUCAACAACCGAACGGCACGGCCGGCAUUGGCAUCGUGAAACCGACGACCCCAUCGAUCGCCGUUAUCCCUUCGCUAAGCAUCGAACGCGAGGAGCGAGACAGCCAGCAGUGGCAAAAGUCGGCCACCCUUCGCCGUCCUUCCCGGCCCCGCUCGCCCUCGAAACGGACGACCAAAGUUGACCAACCGCAGCAGCAUCAGCAACAAAAGAUGCAGAAAAUCGAACCACUAAUUCACCGGACCCCGGAUUCCCUGGAACGUGCCGGAAAAAUGGAUCCAAACUCCGCGGUUCCUCCAACAACGCCCCAACAAACUCUUCCGCCCUCUUCUAAACUGUCCCACCAUCAACCAAUGUCCGCUUCCUCCCCAAUGACCCCCCGGUUCGGGGUCAAAGUCGCUUCCCCUGGAAACGGCAUCGAUCUGCUCAAGGACCAUCCAACGGCGGAUUCGAUCGGUGGUACUGGUGGCGGUGGUGGUGGUGGUGGUGGUGGUGCAGGAUCGGAGGGUAGCACUACCGAGGACUACGUCACGUGCACCGACAACUCGAAGCGGGGCGCUUCGGGAGCUAAAGGUACAUACAAAACGAUCCACGCCACUAGACCGACCAAACCAGUAACAGCCACCACGCAGGACGGCUCGUCGUUCGAGAGCGCGUCCUCCAUCUACAGCCUCGCGCGGGUCGAUGCGGUUUGCGAGGAGACGCCACCGAUCGAGGAGCAGCCCUGCUCGCCACAGAUUCCGCCCCCGCCCAUCCCGAAACCCUCGCCGACGCACUCCGUCAGCAGCAGUUCGAGCGAUAGUUUCGGCAUCGGCAAGAAAAGUUCGCCCUCCCGGCCCACGCUGCCCAAGUCGAUCGUCGGCAAACCGAAGCCACCGAAACCGCACUCGCUGUCGGAUGACGAGCGGAGCGAGAAGCGCUACUCCUCAUCGCACGACGAGAAGGACACCGUCCCGAAGGGGGUUGGUGGUGCGACGAUGGUGGGCGCGUCGGGGCCAUCGGCUUCGACGACCGGAACCAUUGCCCGAAGCGCUCGACGGGGUCGCGAUUGGAACGAGGAGGAACGGCGCAGGAAAAAGAGCACCUUCAAGCUGGAGUUCGACAAGGACUCGAUCAAGACGUACACGACGCCGAUGUUGCGCCAGCCGAGUCCGGGCUUCAAGAAGCUCUCACCGGAUGACAAGAGCGCCUUGAACGUGCUGGAUGGUGCGAGUCCGAGUAGCAAGCAGAAGCGAUUCCGGCCGAAGACACGCAAGUCCCCGAGAGCUCGCAGCGUCGUGGCGGAGGAGACAAGUACCGGAGGGAGCGUCGGUGGAGGAGCGACCCUACCCCGGCGUAGUAAGACACCCUUGGUUCGUUCGCCGGAUAAACCCACGACUGCAGUUCCGGCAACGGCCGUCAUUCCCGCAUCCGUAAUCCUACCUCCGACUCCUCAGCCGACGGUGGCCGUAACGGCAAGUAAGCUAAGUCCCUCGCAGUACUACUCGCAGAUACGCAGCCCUCCCUCCGGUGGAUCGCCUCGAAAGCAGAAGAUCUCCCCGGAGAAGCGUCUGCAGGCGAUCUCCACCGAAUCACUGCGAUCGGUUUCGCCCGGAUCGGACUCGGUUUUCUACAGCGAGGCGGAUGCCUUAUCGCACUGUGAGCAACAUGUUCAUUGUUCCCACUGUGGCAAAGAGGUGGAGGUUGCAAACCUACCCGGUGAGUCGGAGGAAUCGAUCCUCACACUCGAUUCAACCGACGGGGAUCGACCAGACAUCGUUCAGCCACCAGAAGGGUUCGCUGACUCGCCCGACUGUACGAAGACGCCGCACCACACGCGACUCUACAAGAAGAUGGACAAGCGAUUUCGCUCCGAAGAUCGGCACGUCGAUCGGCGCCAUUUCAAAAGCCGCCAGGAGUACCGAGCCAAGAGUGAAGAACGUGGCAAGGAAGAGGUCGAGCAGAACAACUUGCGACCGGCCGGCUCUUCACCUUGUGUCGCUCCGGCCGGGCAGGCGUACGUCGACACCACGUCCGAGCCGGAGCAGGGAAUCUACCACGGCAACUACAAGGCCGGCCUGUGGAUCUGCAUCGCCGACCGGGACGUUUGGAGGCGGCACGAGCUGGCGGACGGGAGCUUCGAUCGCCCGAAGGAGGCGACGCUAGAGCGACGCGGAUCGACCGACUCCGAGCGGGACUUCCGCAAGAAGUACCAGGCGAUCACGCAUCGUCUCGUACAUCGGAAAUCAUGCGUCGAGAUGUACCGACGACAGAAUAGCAACAGUUUUGACACCGAUAAGACGGUGGUCGUGUGCCGGAAGUCCGGCGAGUUUGGGUUCCGAAUUCACGGCUCGAAGCCGGUGGUGGUGUCCGCGAUCGAACCGGACACGCCGGCCGAAACUUCGGGCCUGGAGGUCGGUGAUAUUGUACUGUCGGUCAACGGGAUAUCGGUGAUCGACAAGAGUCACUCGGAGGUUGUGAAAAUUGCCCACGCCGGCAGCGAUACGUUGGAGCUGGAGGUUGCCCGCACGAUUGGAGUUCUUUCACCGCUAGAGGAUAGCUCAUCGCAUCCCUCGAUCUACACCGGGUUCCUAUGGCGAUACUGUGCCAGUGGUGGCAAGUGGGUUCGCCGGUGGUUCUGUCUACGACCGGAUCACUGCCUUUACUACUACCGAACAGACUCGGACAACCAACCGAUCGGUGCGAUCAUGCUGACGAAUCAUAAGAUCGAACGGAUCCCGAUGGAACCGGUGACCCGUCCGUUUAGUUUCGCGAUCGACACCGAAGAGGGCACCACCGUGCAGCUGGCAGCGGACUCCGAUGAGGCGGUAAAUCGUUGGAUCGCCAUCAUCAGUCACGCGGCGCAGCAGUGCGAUCCAUGGUUGGAAAACAGUGCCAGAAACUUACGCCUCGCUCCUACUGCCAUCUCCAAGCCGGACUGCAGUGGACCGCUAGCCAAGCUGGGCAGCAAAUGGCGCUCGUGGACCAAACGCUACUGCGUGCUGAAGGACGCCGUUCUCUACUUCUACCAUGACGGAACAAGCAAGACUGCUUUUGGAAUGGCCUGCUUACAAGGCUAUCGUGUGCAACCGUCGUCGGCCGGGGGAAAGAAGUACGCAUUUGAAAUUGUACCACCGGAGCUCAGUUUGAGACACUACUAUUUCCAUACCGAGACGGAGAUGGACAAGAAGCGCUGGGUUGCCGCCCUAGAAUACUCGAUAGAUCGGUGGAUGAGGGCCGGCUGA